AAAAGUUCAUUCAGUAAAGGGAAACAUCUUGACAAAGAAUUUAAGAAGAGGAUGCAGGCAUCCACAGAUAAUCAUACAGAACUGGUAGAGAACUUUGUACCUCAGCCCAUGUUCCAAUGGCUUGCACCCGAUGAGUCUAAAAGCUCUUUUGUUCCCUAUUACCUCGAUAAACAACAAGAGGAUAACCUUUCAAUAGACAUUUUACAACUCUAUCAGAAACUUUUACCAACAAAGGAAAGUUACGAGAGAAGACUAAAGUUUGUAAAGAAGAUGGAAAAGUUAUUGAAUAGUGAAUGGCCAGAUCAUGAUAUAAAGGCACAUGUGUUUGGAUCCUCUAUGAAUGAUUUAGGUACAGGUUCGUCUGACAUCGAUUUGUGUAUCACUACGCCAUGGAAUGGAUUACGAAAUGUUAGAGUGCUUGCAAAAUUAUUUAAAAGAUGUGGAAUGCAGCAUGUUGUUUGUGUGCCACGCGCAAAAGUACCCAUUGUUCGCCUGUUUGACCCAGAGCUACAACUCUCAUGCGAUAUCAAUGUAAAUAAUACACUUGCUUUACAAAAUACAAAGAUGAUCAAAGUUUAUGUCGCCCUUGAUCCUCGUGUACGACCGCUGAUCAUGACAGUCAAGCAUUGGACCAAACAGAGGCAAUUAAACGAUGCAGCCAACGGUGGAACAUUAUCAUCUUACACAUGGACAUGCAUGAUCAUCAACUUUUUACAGCAGCGUGAACCUCCUAUCUUACCAAUCCUUCAUGCGACAGAAAAUGACGAAUUGAAUGAUGAUGAGUAUUACUUUUGUGAUGACAUCAAGAAGUGGAAAGGGUUUGGACUGAAGAAUAAGGAGAGCCUUGGAGGAUUAUUGUAUGCGUUCUUUCGUCGAUUUGCCAUUGAAUUUGAUUAUGACAGUCAAGUUGUAUCUGUGCGGCAGGGGAAGUACCUGACAAAGAAUGAGAAAGGAUGGGAUACAGGAAGGAAUAGGACGAGUUUGUGCGUAGAAGAACCGUUUAACACUCAAAGGAACCUCGGUAACUCUGCAGAUGUAACCUCGGUUUUAGGAUUAAGGUGUGAGUUUCAACGAUGUUUAGACUUGGUUCUUGAUCACGCUGAUCUAGAGACGAUCUGUACGCCGUAUAAGCACAUGUUCCAUUCCUCCGAUCAUAACACAGACAUACCCACAACCAACAUCUUUUCACUCACUUUGCCUGCCUAUUCUGACGACAAUCACAAAAUUGAACUCACAGCACAUCCUCAUGAUCGCCGAAAGAGUAUGGUCGAUGGCAUCUGCCACUAUCAGCAAUUGCCAAAAACUCCCUCGAGCUCACCGUAUAGGCCAUCAGCACUUCAUUCGACGUUUUAUCCCCGUUUCAGUUCUUCACAAGCUCUGGAUACAAUCAUCCAGAGCCGAGCUACACGUCAUGGUAGUCAUCCUCUGCCGCCUGUUCCUUCAAGCUUGUUAUCGAUGUUGAACAUCAGUAAUAAUACAAAUCAUUCGCGAUCAGUAGAUAGCUUGUUUACGAGACACCAAAAGAAGUCUACUAGACAGCGUGACGAUAAUAAAGAAGGGUUUGUCAAGAGAAAUGGAUAUCAAAGAAAGAAAGUAUUUGAUCAUCAGAAUUCACAUCAACAUCAUCAUCAACAGCAAAAGCAAAAGCAAAAGCAAUCUGAGGAAAGGCCGCCACGUAGACAGUCGAAUGGUAUGGAAUGGCCUUCGAUUUCAGGCCAUGCGCAUACAUCAAAGGAAAUGGGAACUCCAGCGAUAGGCCCACGAAGAUGGUCUACGGUGAAAAGACAUGGCGAUGACACUAGUGUUGACAGUAACAGUAAUAACAAUAAUAAUAAUAGCGACAAUGAAGAGAAGAAAAAGACUCUGGCAGAAAUAGUAAAGAUUGCUCCAGCGCCAACCACUGCAACAGCAAAACGGCCGAUUGCCAACAGCAAGUCAUUUGUUUCCACAGCAACAGCGGCCAGUAACGGUAGCAACAAGAGCAAAUAUAAGAAAUCAUCAAAAAGCAAUAGUAAAAAUAAUACCAAUCAUAGACAGCCAAAAAACAAAAGCAACAAGCUCCGUGCUUCAAAAUGAUUUAGAAUGUAAAUAUGAAAAAAGAAACCGAG